UAAGGGAGCUGCUUUCUCUCGGACGAGAGGGCAUUAGAUAGAGAAGACGCGACCUCGAAUCACGGCGGAGCAUCACCUUCGUUCAUACUGCUGAGUCGCCGGAGAUUGAGCUGAGGUCAUUGAGGGAGGAAGAGGGCGAUGGGGGCCUCCGGAGGAGCAGCGGAUGCUGGGCGGAAGAGGAUGCGACCGGCGGAGAAGGGCGACUUGUUCGACGUCCUUCCGGACGAGCUCGUAGUGGCGGUCCUCUGCAAGCUGAGCGCCUCCGCCGCGAGACCGGCUGAUCUGGUUGCCGUCUUCGUAGUAUGUAAGAGACUCAAUCGUCUUGGACUUGAUCCGCUGGUUCUCGCGAGGGCAUCGGCGGAGUCGCUCGCCGCGAGCGCCAAGAGCUGGUCUGAUUUCUCCCACGGAUUCUUGAAACGCUGCACCGAUUCCGGAAACCUGGAAGCUUGUUACAUCCUGGGCAUGAUCCGCUUCUAUUGCUUAAGGAAUCGGAAGAGUGGACUCUCGUUUAUUGCACAGGCGGCGAUCCAGAACCACGCGCCAGCGCUCUUCUCGUUGGCGGUGAUCCAAUUCAACGGAAGCGGAAAAUCCAAGAUCGACAAGGACCCCGAAGCCGGUGUCGCGCUCUGCGCGCGGGCUGCUUCCCUCGGCUACGUGGACGCGAUGCGAGUUCUAGGCCACUGCCUUCAGGAUGGCUACGGCGUGCGACGCAACCUCGCCGAGGGCCGCCGCCUCCUCCUCCUGGCUAAUGCCCGAGAGUUUGCCGCCUUCCUGCACUCCUCCUCCUCCUCUUCCCCGCUUCACCGCCAUGCCAAUCGCCGGGGCUCUCUUCUUAAAGAUUUAGAUUUAUGGAUGCGUUCCACUCCGCCGCCGGAGCCGCACCCGGCUAACCGUUUCUUGGCGGAGUGGUUUACAUCGAGGAGCGAGGUUUUGAACGGAGAGGAGUUGAGUCUGUGCUCCAACGGCGGAUGCGGUCGCCUAGAGACGCGGCGUCACGAGUUCUGGCUGUGCGCCGCGUGCAACCUCGUCAAGUACUGCUCGAGGGCGUGCCAGGCGACGCACUGGAGGUCGUCGCACAAGGCCGAGUGCGUACCUUUUGAACAGUGGUUGGACGCCACCGCCGGCGACGGCGAAGACGAAGCCCCGAUGGACGGUGGCGCCGGCGGUGAUGGGCUCGUCCUGGAAUAAUAUUGGAAAGUUGGAUCAGGUUACAAAAACCUUUGCCUCAAUUCUGCGUUCUUUUUACAUUUUUGGAUAAAAGAGAAAUAUUCUUUUUUUUUUUAAAAAAAAAAGUUUUUUUUUACUGCUUUCCCUCACGAGGAGUCGCGAUAGCCGAUAGGCGUAGUCGGUGAGUGGCAACGUGCAACCACGUGUUACGUGAUGGUACAAUCAAACGAUCCACUAAACCUGGUUCAAAUCCAAUCCUGUCCAAAUAAGAUCAGGAGAAUUAAGAAUGAUUUAAUAUGAUACGGCACCUAAAUGAGCGGGCGUUAGUGGGCCCCUAACGAGAAGCCCAAUUAGCUGGUUAUAACAAAAGCCCUCUAAGAGUUGUCUUGCAUAUCACAUUUACUGAUUCUCUGUUUCUCUAUUGUGAUCGGUUUAGCCUUGGAGUAUGUUUGAGAAAUUGAGAUAGCGGUGGACAAACCGGGAGAAGGCUGUUUACCUCGUAGAUACAAUAUAGGAAACACCAAGGCUUUUGCAAGUAAUUUCUUUUAAGGGCCUUCUGAAUAUUGUGUAGUUUAUUUUUUUCUCCCUUUGGAUCAAUCAUGAUUUUGGGAUAUUCAAGCAUGGUUGAAUUGUCAUUGUUAAAUUCAUCUAUUGGGUUUCAGUCCUAUUCCCAUUAGAGAAAAGCAAAAUUUCACCCUCUCUUAUCUUUCUAGAAUGGUUUGCCAAUGUCUAGUUUUCCAACAAGUUCAAUCAACUUGUGAUUUAAGUGUUUUUAAAGCAUGACAAGCUUUGAGAUUUUGUAAGUGCGGUCUAGUUUGUACUUAUGUAGACUAUGUCAUACCUUAUUGCACCAUCAAAAUAAAGAAAGUUUGUUACUCUUGGGUUAUAAA